GGCGUGAGUCUGUAGCUGCAGGAGUACCUCUUGUCUUCCUCUGCAGUUGCACACAGCGCUACAAUGGGUCGUCUGCGUCGUUCUCGCACACACCAUGCUCAAAGAGACGUUCAUAGAGCUUCACGGACUAGGGCGCGAACGCGGGAUCUGGACCAGAUUCAGCUGAUUGAUUUGGAUCCGAAGACCCGCGCAAAGCUCGAAGCGCAACCCCUCGACUACGAAAAGCCAGGUCUGGCACAGCAUUACUGCGUAGAAUGCGCAAAAUAUUUUGAGACUGAUCACGCCCUCCGAUCCCACUGGAAAAGUAAAGUCCACAAACGUCGCUGUAAAGCUCUCAAAGAGCCCGCAUACACGAUCGAGGAAUCGGAACGUGCUGCCGGACUUGGUCGGGAAGGAAAGCGUCCGACAACAACUACCUCAGACACGCCCAUGGAGCAGGAGAUGAAUCCGUGAACAUGAGCUAUAGGCGUGGAGACUCGGCUUCGCUGCGUUGCAUUGGUGCGAUUGGAUUAUUGACGUCUGUACUCUUAGGAUUCAUUCCCUUCGAUAUAAGGUCGAUCGGAUUACGUAUCUGGAAUGUCCUAC